AUGGAGAUGGCCUUCCGGACUGCUCGGAAUGGCCUCUUCUGCGCCGCAGAAUUAGCCCACGCUCGGCCGACGUGGGAGUCCUGGAUUGUGGUCGCCGCGAAGCGACGCGCAGUCUUCACUAUGUACCUUUUCAGCAGCGUAUACAAUGCAGACAGGCUACUUCCGAAUUUCGUGGCAGAUGAGAUGAGAGGGGUGUAUGCACCAGGCAAUAAGGCAUUAUGGGAAGCCGAAGACCGAGAAACGUGGAACAGGGAAUAUGAUAGACACCUCUUACAGUGGGAGGAUGGGAUGUUGGAGAUCUCGGAAUUAUGGAGAUCAGCGGAGACAGGCUCAGCUGAGCGCAGGGAAAGACUCGAGCGGUGGGUGCAGUCGGCGGAUGAGUUCGGGAUGAUGCUAUUCGCAGUCUGUGUCCAUAUCCAUGGUUGUUAA